AUGGCCUUCUGGAGAAUGGCUCUUAUUUGCCAGCGCCAACUUCACAGACCAUUCACUACGAAGCUAGAUAACAGCAGAUUUCUUCCUCCCAGUCAAUCCAAGCUCGCCCAAAAUCUAAUUGCGAUCUUCACAAGCCAACCUUUUUCCACUGACGACCCUGAGCUUCUAAGACUCGCUCCAGAGCUCAACACCAAGGUAGUCGAAACGGUACUGAAUGGAUUCAAAAGGUGGGGAUUGGCUUAUCUGUUCUUCAAUUGGGCUUCGAAACAGGAAGGAUUUAGAAACGACAUGUAUACUUACAACGCCAUGGCUUCUAUCCUAUCACGUGCUCGACAAAAUGCCUCACUGAAAGCUUUGGCUGGAGAUGUUCUAAAUUCUCGCUGUUUAAUGUCCCCUGGAGCUUUAGGGUUCUUCAUUCGGUGCCUGGGCAAUGCUGGGCUGGUGGAAGAAGCAAGUUCUGUUUUUGAUCGGGUUAGAGAGAUGGGUCUUUGCGUUCCGAAUGCUUACACGUAUAAUUGUUUGUUAGAAGCAAUUUCGAAGUCGAAUUCAAGCUCGGUUGAUUUGGUUGAGUCGAAGUUGAAGGAGAUGAGAGAUUGUGGGUUUGAGUUCGAUAAGUAUACUCUGACGCCAGUUUUGCAGGUUUACUGCAACACUAAGAAGUCUGAUAGAGCGUUAAGCGUUUUCAACGAGAUUCGAAGUCGAGGCUGGCUUGAUGAACAUAUCUCGACGAUCUUGGUUGUAUCGUUUUGUAAGUGGGGUCAGGUGGAUAAGGCUUUUGAGUUGAUUGAGAUGCUUGAGGAUCAUCAUGUUAAGUUGAAUUAUAAGACGUAUUGUGUUUUGAUUCAUGGGUUUGUAAAGGAGUCUCGGAUUGAUAAAGCGCUUCAGUUGUUUGAGAAAAUGCGGCUGAUGGGUAUGAAUGGUGAUAUUGCUUUGUAUGAUGUGUUGAUGGGAGGGCUUUGCAAGCGUAAGGAUCUUGAGAUGGCUCUGAGUUUGUAUUUGGAGAUUAAGAAGUCGGGAAUUUCGCCUGAUAGAGGGAUACUUGGGAAGCUAAUACGUUCAUUUUCUGAAGAGAGUGAAUUAAGUCGGAUAACAGAAGUGGUUGUUGGAGACAUAGAUACAAACUCUGUGAUGCUUCUUUACAGAUCUUUGUUGGAGGGGUUUAUUAGGAAGGAUUUGGUGCAAGAUGCUUACAAUUUUAUUCAGAGUCUCAUGGGGAAUCAUCAGUCGGAUAGUGUGUCUGAGAUUAUCAAGCUUCUAAAGGAUUAUGAUAAAGCAAUUCUCCCAGAUUCCGAUUCUGUUAGCAUUGUGAUUGAUUUCUUAGUCAAAGCUAAUAAGGUUGAUAUGGCAGUGGGCUUGUUAGAUGAUAUUGUCCACAACGGUGUGACUCCAACUCUUAUGAUGUACAACAACAUAAUCGAGGGGAUGUGUAAAGAAGGAAGGUCGGAAGAAAGCUUGAUACUCUUGGGGGAGAUGAAGGAAAUGGGAGUUGAACCAAGUCAGUUCACGCUUAACUGUAUUUAUGGUUGCUUGGCUGAACAAUGCGAUGUUGCAGGAGCACUCGACGCGCUGAAAAAGAUGCGUUUUUAUGGAUUUGAGCCAUGGAUAAAGCAUUCGACCUUCCUUGUUAAAAAGCUCUGUGAGAAUGGAAGGGCCGUGGAUGCUUGCAAAUACCUUGAUGAUGUGGCUAGAGAAGGUUUCUUUGGUCACAUGGUUGCCUACACUGCUGCAAUUGAUGGUCUGAUAAAAAAUGAGGGACUAGAUAGAGGUUUGGAGUUAUUCCGAGAUAUAUGUGCCAAUGGUCAUUCCCCUGACGUGAUUGCAUAUAAUGUAUUGAUAAAAGCUCUGUGCAAAGCAUCUCGAACUACUGAAGCUGAUAGCCUGUUUAACGAAAUGGUAGCGAAAGGACUAAAACCUUCUGUUGCUACUUACAACAGUAUGAUAGAUGGAUGGUGCAAGGAGGGUGAGAUUGAUCGAGCCAUGUCUUGUAUUGUGAGGAUGUAUGAGGAUGAGAGAGACCCUGAUGUUAUUACGUACACUAGCUUAAUCCAUGGGCUAUGCGCUAGUGGAAGGCCUAGUGAAGCAGUCUCUCGUUGGAAUGAAAUGAAGGGCAAAGAUUGCUGUCCAAAUAGAAUUACUUUCAUGGCACUUAUACAGGGUCUUUGCAAGUGUGGCUGGUCUAGUGAAGCCUUGGCUUAUUUUCGUGAGAUGGAAAAGAAGGAAAUGGAGCCUGAUUCAGCUGUUUACUUGUCGCUUGUUAGCUCUUUUCUGUCAAGUGAAAACAUCAGUGAAGGAUUUGGGGUUUACAGAGAGAUGAUUCAUACAGGAAGAUUUCCUGUGUCAGUAGACAAGAACUAUCUCCUUGCUGUUGAUGCUGCAAAUAAGUUUGUGGAAGACUCGAGGACAUCAUGUUAUCUUACAGGACUAAUAAAAGACGGAAGGCUUCCUAUUGUAGCUGCUCAACCUGAAGGAUUCGUCAAAGAAGGGGAAGAAGACAAAGUUUACAAGUUGAAAAAGGCUUUGUAUGGGCUCAAGCAGGCGCCAAGAGCUUGGUACAGCAGAAUUGAGGCCUACUUCAUGCGAGAAAGGUUUGAAAGAUGUCCCAGCGAGCACACAUUGUUCACAAAGGCAAAAGGAGGUAAAUUCAUAGUUGUCAGUCUUUAUGUUGACGACUUGAUAUUUACUGGAAAUGAUAGAGGCAUGUGUGAUGAGUUUAAGAGCUCAAUGAUGCGGGAGUUUGAGAUGUCUGAUUUAGGAAAGAUGAAACAUUUCCUUGGCGAGAGUGGGAUAUUUAUCUGUCAAAGGAGGUACGCAAAUGAAGUGUUAGCAAGAUUUGGGAUGGAAGAGAGUAACUCCGUGAAGAGUCCAAUUGUGCCGGGAACAAAGCUGCACAAAGACGAGGGUGUGUACAGAGGGCGAAUGAAUUUCAAAUCAUCAUCUCUCUUCGCAAACUCGAUUCUGCUUCACCGAUGCAAAUCAAUGUCGGAGCUGAACAAAAUGCACGCCCUCCUGAUCACACUUGGCCUCUCCGAAGAAGAACCUUUCGCUUCUCGAACUCUUUCCUUCUCUGCUCUGUCUUCCUCCGGCGACGUCGAUUACGCUCACAGAUACCUAUCGAAACUAUCCAAUCCUCCGGCUUUCGGCUGGAAUUAUGUAAUACGAGGUUUCUCCAAUACCAGAAACCCCGAGAAAACGAUCCGCGCGUAUACCCAGAUGCUGAGGACCGGGUUUUCACCAGAUCACAUGACGUAUCCGUUUCUAUUGAAGUCGAUUUCUCGUCUCUUGAACAGGAAACUCGGUGGGUGUCUGCAUUCCUCCGUCGUGAAAACUGGGUUCGUUUGGGAUUUGUUCAUAUGCAAUUCUCUUCUUCACAUGUACGGCACGUUCCGAGACAGAGCUUCCGCGCGCAAACUGUUCGAUGAAAUGCCGGUUAAGAACUUGGUCACUUGGAACUCGAUUUUGGACGGGUACGCCAAAUGCGGAGAUGUAGUUUCGGCAAGACAAGUGUUUGACGAUAUGACUGAGAGAGAUGUCGUGUCUUGGAGUUCUAUGGUCGAUGGGUAUGUAAAAAGCGGUGAUUAUAACGAAGCUCUUGAGAUUUUCGAUCAGAUGAUGAGUGUAAGCUCAUCAAAGGCAAACGAAGUCACUAUGGUUAGUGUUUUGUGCGCUUGUGCUCAUUUGGGUGCGCUAAACCGAGGGAAGAUUGUACAUCGCUAUAUACUCGAUGAGCGUUUGCCGUUAACAGUUAUAUUGCGGACAUCUCUUAUUGAUAUGUAUGCUAAAUGCGGGUCGAUAGGAGACGCUUGGGGCGUGUUUCGCGGAGUAUCUGUUAAGGAAACGGAUGUGCUUAUGUGGAAUGCUAUGAUUGGAGGGCUUGCGAGUCACGGUUUCAUAAGAGAGUCGCUUCAGUUGUUUCACAAGAUGCAAGAAUCCGAGAUUGAUCCGGACGAGAUAACGUUCUUGUGCUUGCUUGCUGCUUGUUCUCAUGGCGGAUUAGUGAGAGGAGCAUGGCAUUUGUUCGCGAGUUUCAAGGAAAGCAGAGCGGAGCCGACGACCGAGCAUUAUGCUUGUAUGGUCGAUGUGCUUUCCCGAGCUGGUUUGGUUAGAGACGCAUAUGGUUUUAUAUCCGAAAUGCCGAUAAAACCGACGGGUUCGAUGUUGGGUGCUUUGCUUAACGGUUGUAUAAACCAUGGGGACUUGGAGCUUGCUGAGACAGUUGGGAAGAAGCUUAUAGAGCUGCAACCGGAUAAUGAUGGACGGUAUGUCGGGCUAGCAAACGUUUAUGCGAUCAACAAGCGGUUUGGUGCGGCGAAGUCUAUGAGAGAAGCAAUGGAGAAGAAUGGAGUGAAGAAAGUUGCAGGACAUAGUAUUAUUGAGUUGAAUGGAAGGCCACAUAGAUUCAUAGCUCAUGACAAAACACACUUUGAUUCCGAAAAGAUUUAUACAUUAUUACAUCUGCUUGGAACUGGGAUGGAUUGUAGUGAUGAUAGUGAAGAUUAUGAUUGUGUUUGUUUUGAUCAUAUCUUACUGUAA